AUGGCGGCUACAUCCUGGGUCUUGUUUGCCUGCAUUGUUUUGUUUGCUUGUACCAGUGCGAAUCCUGUAAAUAAUAUUGAACCUGUUCUUGAAGCGGCAGUUAAUGAAUGUAGAUACAGUCAACCAGAAUCGGAACAGACAUAUAAUGAAACGGAUCCACAAACCAUCGAGGGAUUUGGAACUGUUAAUCUAACUUGUUGGUUCAAAGAGUUGAAAUUGAUUGAGUUCACUUUAAAUCAAGAUGCAAUUGUAAAUCUUUAUACUCAAGUUAUCACACAAGAAAAAAAAACAUCUGGAGCCAAAAAUAUAAAUCUAACCGCAGUAAUUGAUAUUGUGAGAGACUGUUCCAACGAAAAGGCUGAAAGUGAAAAAAAAGUCGUGGAAAAGUUCAUGGAGUGCUUUAAGGCGCGAAAAGAAUCACUAUACAAUGUAUAGUAUACAUUUCUCCCCCUGCUCCCGCUGUUAAUGUUACGACCAGUAAUUAAUGGAUUUAGCAAGCAAUUAAUGUAUUUAUAGACGACUUUGAUACUAAGGAUUACGAAAUAUGUCAAAUAA